ACUUUUGACACGGGUGAACGUUUCCUCGGGAGCUAAGAUGUUUUGGUCAGAGCCUGACGAGGAGGAAGAGGCGCUGUUAUGCAGCCCUGCGCUCAUGGCCAGGAGGGCCUCGGAGUCCUGGAUCGUCGCGCCUCCCGUGGAGGCAAUGCCGGCGGCGGCAGCGGCGGCGUCCCUCCAACGAAAGAAGUCACUGCCGGAUGUGGCGCAGCCCAUUCAGCUGACUGCCACGGCACCGCUGUCCAGGGAGGAAGUCAGUAUCCUGAGCAGCAUGAGGAGGGAGGAGAUCCGCAGGCAGAUCGACGAGAGCGAAAGGCUCAGAGCCAACCCUCUGUUGUACCUGGUCAGUCCUCAGGUUAAAGACUGGUUCUCCCGACAACAGCUCGUGAUGCUGGUGCUCUUUAUCAACAUAUCCCUAGCCCUGAUGUUCUUCAAGCUGCUGACGUAGCAGCCAGCCGACGAUCGGAUUCACGGACUCGUGGUAGACGUGACCUGAGGCUCGGGGGCGUCGCGACGCCCCGAGUUGUCACCGGAAACCAGAACGGAACAAGCGAUGCGCGGGGGCGCAAGGACGCGACCCCGGCGCAAAACCACGAAUAAUGAAAUUGCUGAGAACGUCCUACGAGGGAUCGUGCUCGGUCCCACUCAGUCGGACGAGCGGACAACGUUCAGGUAUCGAAGGGUCAGCGUGGGACGAAGGAACAAGAAGUCAACGACUACGACCACGACCACGAAGAAAAAGAAGAGGAAGAAGAGAAAUCUCCGGACGAAGAUCAGACGUUUUGAGUCCAGGUUUACGACAGGAUUGUAACGCGGUCGAGGAAAACGAAUCGAGGAAGCAUACCCGGGCUCCUUUCACUCGCGAAAGGACUUCCGGUGGCGCAGAGGUUCGACCGAGACCCGGAUUCUUGGGUGGCGACGGAGAGAAGAGAGCAGCUCGUUUUUUUUCUCGGACACGGGCUACGAGAGACACUCGCGUGCCCGGUCCCGGCUGUAUCAUACAUAUUUUUACACCGAGUAUUUUAAUAAUAGUAAUAUUUGUAAGGGCCACGCGGCCGUCUCCCGAUCGGAGGCCGGCCGCGCCCCGAAACACGGUGCGCACAGACACGAAUCUCUCUCGACACCUUUUUCCUUUGAUCUUUUCUUUCUCGGCGAUCGGCUCGAGCGCGGACGACCACGAUCACUUUUAUACGCGACACUUAGAGCAGCUAGUGGAUCAUUCUUUCAAGCCGGGAAAUUCUCGCGGAUGGGGGACGCGCGGAUAUUUUUCAAAAAAUGUUUUCCCGCCGCCCCGUGUAACGAACGAGGGGUGUUGUUUUAUUCGGGGACGCUUUUUCGACAGUUGAAAUUCGCUGGAUCGAUUCGGGUAUUCGUCGGGGAGCGGCGGGCUUUCGAGUUUCUAUGACAAUUGUUACAGGUUUUGUACGUGAGAUGCGAGAGAGUUGUUGCGUGGUUUUGAAAGAAACGAUUUUACGAUUGUACCCGUGUGUGUUGUUGUCGACGUGUCCGUGUAAUUCGUAUGAGUGUUGCGUGCGGAUAUCCACGUGUAUAAUUAAUCGCGGCGGCCUCUCCUGAUUAGGAGACCGCCACGUCCGCGAAGUCUGUUUCGUGUAGCCUUGCCUUCCACGCGAACACUGUACAUAGACACUAUAUUCUCCAAUUUUUAUAUACACGUAGCUUGCGCACGAUUCGUCGGGACACGCGAAUCCGGAAGCUAGAACUAUCUGUCAGCCGCUCGGAGGGAUCGGAGGAGGUUGAUCGGGGACCGUGAUAAUACCACUGUUUAUCUCUUCAUCGCCGAGGUACGACCGCGACAGGAAAAUAGGGGUGUAGCUCGUGGUCAUGACGGAAACGAUUAAUCGGGUCCGUCGACGGAGAUUUUCUCUCGGCCGUGGGAGACUUUGUAUUUUCUCCGAGAAUAUCUUUUUUCGCGAUGGGAGAGACGCUCCAGCAAUUGUACGCGUGACGCGGCGAGUUUUUAGAGGAAACAACGUUAGGGAUCUUUCUCGUUGAACUUUUUAACGGAAGCGCAAGAAACCGCGGCGAACCUUUUUUCGGCCGUUUCCCCGACACAAAGAGGAACGUGUUCGCGUGACGCGGAUCGGCGUCGAAUCUUCUUCACACGCCGGGGGCUCUCGACGUUCAGUUCGGGAACCGAAAGGUCGACCUAGCCGCGCUCGAGCGAUCGCAUUUUUUUUCUAGCCUCAGGCGUGUAGCUUGUAUACCUAGGUGAAUUUGUAAAUAAGUGAACGGAAAAGGAGGACGAGCGAUGCGGGAGAGAGUGAGAGAGCGUGCAUGUAGACCGCGAUCGCCGCAGUUCAAAUUCGUCUGCAUCAUUCUCGUUUCGUAUUUCCUUUUCUCUAUUUGAUUGCUCCCCGGCCUCGGCUCGGCGGAUCGGUCGAAUCGAAUCGAAUCGAACCGGCGAGCACCGCGGCCGAGGGUCGGGUUUCUCGAAACUAUUUUUCCAAAGAAAGAGAGGACACUCGCUAUUUUCAUCCUACGCUAGUAUGUAUACAUAUACAUAUGUACGUGUAUAUACAUAUAUACAUAUAUAUUUUUCCUCUUUGUACCUAAGACACUAGCACUUUCACGUACCGUUUCGAGUACUUUUAAUCGCCGGCGCGAGUACUUUCUCGAUCCUUUAGGAUGAAAAUGGGGCAAACGGCGGUGGAUUUUUGCGCGUCGAUCGGCACCGAUCGGAUCGCCGUUGUUUCGAGCCGCCGUUGCCUUUCGUCUGUCGACUGCGACGGAAACGGAACCGUAUAAGGAUAGCUUUUCCGAGGAUUAAUCAGCGCGACAUGUCGCGAGACGCGAUCGCCGCUCGACGUUUCGACCGGCGCGCGUUCGGACGUCAGUCUAGAAUGGAACUUCGAUGAGUCGCGGAACGGAUCGAUCAGGCUUUUUUGUUACGGGGAUCGUUCGUAUUUAAUGAUCGAGAGGCUAUUCGUAGCGGCGGGAUUUGUUGCCCGCCGAUGGACAUGUACUUGUAUAUAUAUAUCGCAAAACUAUGUACGCAUAUAUGAGAACGAUUAAUUAGUAUCAACGACCGAGAGAGGGAGAGAAGCUCUAAACAGAA